AUGGCCAGUUCAUCGCAUAACCCCGUAAUUCUUUUGAAAAGAAUCUUAUCGCUCACAGAAAACUCCCCUUUGAUUCUGUGCUUAGAUUCGAUGGCCCAGACAUCAUACAGGCUUAUCCAAGAGUUCAUUCACCAGAGUAAGAGUAAAGGCAAUGAGUAUCCAGUUGUGUACAUUUCGUUCGAAACAGUGAAUAAACCACCUUACUGCACGCAAUUUAUCGAUGCUACACAGAUGGAUUUUGUACAUUUAGUAAAACAGAUUAUAUCAUAUUUGCCGGCUGCUACUGCCACGCAGGCGAAAAAACACAUGGUCAUUAUCGAUUCACUGAACUACAUUUCUACAGAACACAUAACAAGGUUUUUGUCCGAGAUUGCGUCUCCUCACUGCACGAUGAUCGCGACUUAUCAUAAAGAUAUCAAAGAUGAAAAUCAUACAGUAAUACCUGGCUGGAAUAGUAAUUAUCCUGGUAAAUUAACUUUACUGCAGUUUAUGGCCACUACAAUAUUAGACAUUGAUGUGAUGUUGGCAAGCGCUCUUGAUAGUGAGGAGGCGGAUGAAUUGUUGAAUGAAUUUAGAAUUCCUCGGGGCUUAAAUAAUGAUAUCUUUCAAUUACGACUUGUUAAUAAAAGAAAGUCUGGCAGGUCAUUGGAAUACGAUUUCAUGAUAAAUUCAAAGGCUCACGAAUAUGAAUUGUCAUUGAAUACAAAGCAUGAGGAGGAGGACGGUGGUAAUGGACUGGAGACUCCAGAAAUGUUGCAAGGAUUGACUACGUUCAACCUAGGUACAUCCAACAAGCAGAAGUUGGCCAAAGAUCAAGUCGCAUUGCCUUUUCUGGAGGCACAAAGCUUUGGACAGGGAGGCGCUAUUGUUUAUGAGUACGAAAAGGAUGAUGACUAUGAUGAGGAGGAUCCAUAUGAGGAUCCCUUUUAA